CAAUUAUUUAACUAUAUAGCAUACAAGAAAUUUGGCACCGUGGUUAACAUCUCAAUAUGUUUUGUUGUUUCAGAUCAAAGACGGAGGAAGAAGAAUCAACAGACGACCUCGGGAAGAACAUGACGCUGGAAUAUAAGAAGAAAUUUUUGGUUUUGGUCGUUGAUGAUGAUCCACAUUGCCAAACAGUCCACCUGGCCAUCAUCGGAGCGGCCGGGGGGUUUGGUUACCUGGCCGAAAACGGUGAAGAGGCGGUGAACCGCUACCGCGAUGGAGAGUACUUCAACCUUAUCAUCAUGGAUAAUGAAAUGCCUCUGAUGGAUGGAGUUACGGCAACUAAGAUGCUACGAGACAUGGAGGUAACGUCAGUGAUCGUGGGGAUGACGUCACAUGAGGACGAGUAUGAUGCAUUUAUGGAAGCUGGAGCUGACCACUGCUUGGAAAAGCCCUUAACAUUUGGAAAGAUCGACUCGAUCUUCGACCAGAUCAAAAACGCAUGAUGAUGCACGUGUGAUAGUUUCGGUUUUACUAAAUAUCAAAUAUACAAUACGAG